AUGUCCUCCAAUACGCAAGACCAGCAGAUUGCCUGUAUCAAAGACCUCAAGAGGGCAGGAUCCGAGAAACUGUCGCAGUCUUAUCAAGACUAUUACAAUGGCGGCGCCAUGGACGAACUGACACUUGAUUGGAAUGAAACCGCGUUCAAUAAAUAUCUUCUACGGCCGCGAGUCCUGCGCAAUGUCGAGAACAUCGACAUGAGCACCACAUUGUGGGGCAAGAAAGCGGCAGUACCCUUUGGCUUGGCUCCAAGUGCAAUGCAUCGACUCAUCCAUGCAGAUGGUGAGAUUGGUACAUCAAAGGCUGCAGCUGCACGUAACGUGCCCAUGGUCCUUUCUCUCCUGUCCAACGACUCCCUGGAAGACGUGGCGGCCCAAAGAACCGAUGGCCCUACGCCGUACGGUAUUCACAUCAGCCCGCUGAAUAAGCGCGAAGUCUUGAGCAACCUACUCAUCCGAGCCAAAGCUGCCGGAUACAACGCUGUUAUCUUGACCGUGGACGCUCCCAUGUAUGGCCGACGUCUGGCGGAUGAGCGCAACAAUUGGAGCAUCAUUCCACCAGGCGCGACUUUCCCAAACGUCGCCGCACAACAUGUGAAACCAAGUGAAAUUUCCGUCAGUGCCUCUGAAACCUGGGAAGAAUUCAUUCCUUGGGUUCGAAGCCAGACAGAUCUCGAGCUCUGGGUGAAGGGAGUCACCUCUAAAGAGGAUGUUGAGAAUGCCAUCAAACAUGGGGUGGAUGGUAUCAUCAUCUCCAACAACGGUGGUCGGCAACUAGACACCACACCUGCCACUAUUGACAUCCUUCGAAAAGUUGCGCCAAUCGCCAAGGGCAGGAUCCCUCUAGCUUUGGAUGGUGGCGUCUACCGGGGCUCGGACAUUUUCAAGGCCAUCGCCCUCGGAGCGGACUUUGUUUUUGGGGGAAGAAUUGCCAUCUGUGGCUUAGCGUACAACGGUUCUGCUGGCGUAGGCCUUGGCCUGGAUAUCAUUAUCAAAGAGUUCAAAAGCUGUAUGGGGCUGACAGGAUGUACUAAGGUAUCAGACAUCGGUCCUCACCAUCUGUCUAUUUUACAAAGCAAUGGACUCCUUGGAAGUGUGUAUUAG